AUGGGUGGAGGAGGAGCACUUGGAGCCCCCCCAAAGCAAGAAGAAUUAGUGCCACAUCCGGUGAAAGAUCAACUUCCUGGAGUCUCUUACUGCAUUACAAGCCCACCUCCAUGGCCUGAGGCCAUAUUGCUUGGCUUCCAACACUAUCUGGUGAUGCUUGGCACAACUGUUCUCAUACCUUCUUUCUUGGUUCCUCAAAUGGGAGGAGGAAAAGUUUAUGAGUCCUCUUUCGGCAGUUCCAUUGGUAGCUCUCACGGGAUUCGGUUUGUACGAACUGGGUUUUCCUCUGGUAAUCUUACCAAAUGCAUCGAGGUUGGACUGCCUCAGCUUAUCUUACUCGUAAUCUUUUCACAGUAUUUACCACAUGUGAUGAAAGGUGGUCGGAAUGUGUUUGACCGGUUUUCGGUUCUGUUCACGGUCAUCAUUGUUUGGAUAUACGCACACUUGUUGACAGUUGGCGGAGCUUAUAAGAAUGCGCCACACGCAACCCAACUUAGCUGCAGAACUGACCGUGCAGGCAUCAUAAGUGGGGCUCCUUGGAUUAGAGUACCCUAUCCAUUUCAAUGGGGUCCUCCGACUUUCCAUGCUGGGGAAUCAUUUGCCAUGAUGGCCACUUCUUUUGUAGCUCUCGUUGAGUCCACUGGGGCUUUCAUUGCUGUGUCGAGGUACGCGAGUGCAACUCCUGUGCCGCAUUCUGUUCUUAGUCGUGGUGUUGGCUGGCAGGGAGUCGGCAUCUUGUUCUCUGGAAUUUUUGGGACUGGCAGUGGAUCAUCAGUUUCCAUAGAAAAUGGUGGUUUGCUUGGAUUAACGCGCGUCGGGAGUCGAAGAGUGAUACAGAUAUCAGCUGGAAAAUUUGGUGCUGUCUUUGCUUCAAUCCCUGCACCCAUAGUUGCCGCGCUUUAUUGCAUUCUCUUUGCCUAUGUUGGUAUGGGAGGUCUUGCAUUCCUGCAAUUCUGCAACCUGAAUAGCUUCAGGACAAAGUUCAUUCUUGCCUUUUCAAUCUUCAUGGGCUUAUCCAUACCGCAAUACUUUAACGAAUACCAAUCAGUCAAAGGCUUCGGCCCAGUCCACACCAAUGCAAGAUGGUUUAAUGACAUGAUCAACGUAGCUUUCUCGUCUGAGGCAUUUGUUGGGGGGCUUUUGGCAUUGAUUUUGGACGUGACAUUGCCUCCAAAGGACAACGCGAGUAGGAAAGACAGAGGGUUGCAUUGGUGGGAGAGGUUCCGGUCAUUUAAGACGGAUACGAGGAGUGAAGAGUUCUAUUCUUUGCCUUUUAAUCUCAACAAGUUUUUCCCCUCAGUUUAAGUUUUGUUCAACAAGUUAAAACUGAUUUCAUUAACUGGUUCUUGUUUUGAGCUUUGUGCAUUAGGGGUCCUAAGUAUUAUAGUUUUUUACCCCCCACUUUGAUUUUUUUUUUUCUACUAUGAAAAUUGCUUGAGAACAAUUUUUUUUAUUAUUAUUAUUUUACUAUAUAUAACAAGGCUUUGAUUGAUAAAAGGAGCCCUG